AUGAGGUUCGAUAAAUAUGACCGAUCAAUGCCGCGUCAUGAAAUCAAAAGAGAAUCCUUCGUGGAGCAUAUUACCCGGCUCUAUCGCCAAAUCUUACCGUUGCGCCUCCACUGGAGGGACAGGAACAAAAAUACGCUACUUUCGCAGGCUGGCUCCUCCUCGGCUAGCAAAUAUCAACUUCGCAGUAUCAUUUGGAAGGGCAGGAAAGUCCUCGAACAAACUUUCAAUGCCAUUACAAGAAGUUCAGCGAUACUUCCCCCUCAGCAUUUCUCGUCCCUUCGAUCCUCCCCAUCAUCCCCUCCCAUUGCGCCGCCUUCAUCAUCUCCAUCCCAACCUUCCUCCCCAUCCCAAGCCCAGUCCCAUUCCUCAUCUCUCACAGGCACCAACGGAAUCCAAUCCCUUCCCGUUGUCUUCUGA